CUAACCAUAUAAUUAUAACAAUUAAAAUAUACAUAAAAAUUCCCAAUGUCCAUCCGUACAAUUUCAGUUGUUUUUUCUGUUUUAUUUGGUUUGGUAAUUACUACAUAUGCGUCUAGAGCUCUUUUAAUAACUAAUAAUGAAAAAAUUCAAGACUUUGGUACUUUCACAGUUGGCUAUGCCACUGUCACUACUACUGAUCAUCUUGGUGUAGGCCUAAAUGUUGGUGUUAAUGGUGGAGCCGCCGGAUAUGGAAGCGGAAGUGGUAGUGGAGAAGGCGGCGGUGAAGGCUAUGGAUCUGCUGGUGGACAUGGAGGAGGUGGCGGUAGCGGUGGAGGUGGUGGUGGUGGAACUGGUGGUGCAGGUGGCGGGUAUGGAAGUGGAGCCGGAGAAGGAGGUGGUGCAGGUUAUGGUUCUGGUGGAGGAGUCGGUGGUGGUGGCGGUGGUGGUGGUGGUAAAGGCGGCGGUGGUGGUGGUGGGCAAGGUGGAGGGGAAGGUGCUGGUGGUGGUUAUGGAGGAGGCUCUGGUAGCGGGUAUGGAGCAGGAGGAGGAGCUGCAGGGGGACACGGAGGAGGUGGUGGUGGUGGAAGUGGUGGCGGAGGUGGAGGAGGUUCGGGUGGUGGUGGAGCACAUGGAGGUGGUUAUGGUAGUGGUGAAGGAGCGGGGUCAGGUUACGGUGGUGGUGCUGGUGGCCACGGUGGAGGCGGUGGCGGUGGAUCUGGUGGAGGCGGCGGCGGUGGAUCUAGUGGCUAUGCUCCUUGAAGAGAAAUUCUUCAUCAACACACCAAUUAGCAAAUACUUAUACCUACUUUUUUUUUUUUUGAAAGAGUGCAAUUACUUGUUUGACCAUCGAUAUCACUAAUUAUAUUAUUCCAAAAUAUGAUAUUGAUUAAUUGGCAAGUAAUUAAUUAAUAAUUAAUAAGAAGAAAGAAGGAAGGAAAAUACGUGGUGCAUGAAUUUGCAUGCAUGCUAGCUCCCCAACGUAAGUUGUGUGUACGUACUUAGGUUGUGUUUCUCGAUCUUAAUUAAUGAAUAAUUAAUUGUACGUGUUUUAUCUGGUUACCAUAAUCAAAAAAAAUUAAGUUGAUAAAUUUCUUUUUUAAAA